ACUGGUGAUUGGUGGCGAACUUCCAUUUUCAGCUUCUCCGUAAUAAAAUGUCAGGCCCAAAGGAUUUACCAAAAAUCAGAGAUGAGGAGAGGGAGGCCAUUUUUGGCUUUGUGUAUGCUGUGUCUGGCCCAGUUGUCACGGCACAGAACAUGUCUGGCUCGGCCAUGUAUGAGCUAGUGCGCGUGGGCCACAAUGAGCUAGUCGGAGAGAUCAUCCGUCUGGAAGGCGACAUGGCCACUGUGCAGGUGUAUGAAGAAACCUCCGGGGUAACUGUCGGUGACCCAGUGUUAAGAACUGGCAAGCCUUUAUCCGUUGAGCUAGGGCCUGGUAUCAUGGAUAGCAUUUUUGAUGGUAUUCAGCGUCCUUUGAGAGAAAUUGGCAUACUGACCGACAGCAUCUACAUUCCGAAAGGAGUCACUACGACGGCUCUUGACAGAACAAAGAAAUGGAACUUUGAUCCGAUAAAUGUGAAGGUUGGAAGUCAUAUAACUGGUGGAGAUAUUUACGGAGUUGUUCAUGAGAAUACUCUCAUCAGACACAAGAUCAUGCUUCCUCCAAGGUCUAAAGGAACUGUUACUUAUAUAGCACCGUCAGGAAUGUACGAUGUUAAUGAUGUUAUUCUGGAAACGGAAUUCGACGGUGAGAAGUCAAAGUUCACCAUGCUGCAGGUGUGGCCGGUCAGGCAGCCACGUCCUGUCACAGAGAAGCUCGCUGCUAACAACCCUCUGCUGACAGGCCAGCGUGUCCUGGAUGCACUUUUUCCAUGUGUCCAAGGUGGUACGACCGCUAUUCCUGGAGCUUUUGGUUGUGGCAAAACUGUCAUCUCGCAGGCGCUAUCCAAGUAUUCUAAUUCUGAUGUCAUCGUGUACGUCGGAUGCGGAGAAAGAGGCAAUGAAAUGUCUGAGGUGCUAAGAGACUUCCCCGAGCUAACAUGCGAGGUGGAUGGCAAAGUAGAGUCGAUAAUGAAGCGAACUUCCCUUGUCGCCAACACUUCCAACAUGCCUGUUGCUGCUCGUGAGGCAUCUAUCUACACAGGCAUCACGAUGGCCGAGUACUACAGAGACAUGGGGAACAAUGUGUCGAUGAUGGCCGAUUCCACCUCUCGUUGGGCUGAGGCUUUGCGUGAGAUCUCCGGUCGUCUAGCAGAAAUGCCUGCAGGCUUCAUUAGCAGAAGUAGACAAGAUCACAUUAGAAAUUGCCAAACUGCUAAAGGAUGAUUUCCUGCAGCAAAAUAGCUACUCCCCCUAUGAUCGUUUCUGCCCAUUCUACAAGACUGCUGGUAUGUUGAGCAACAUCAUCCUGUUCUAUGACCUAGCAAGGCAUGCAGUCGAAUCUACAGCACAGUCUGAACACAAAGUUACAUGGUCCAUCAUUAGAGAAGCAAUGGGUGAUAUAUUGUAUCAACUCAGCUCUAUGAAAUUCAAGGACCCUGUAAAAGAAGGUGAAGCAAAAAUCAAGGCAGAUUUCGCAGAACUGGCUGAAAACAUGCAAACGAGCUUCCGAAAUCUUGAGGACUAGAAUGAAGAAAGACAAAAGUAAUGAAUAAUAAUAAAUAGGUCUGAAAUGCUACUAAAACCAAUGCACUUAUGCUAGUAAAAGCCUUAUCAUAAUGCAUUGUGAGCAGUUUCAGUAGAUAUUCAAGGUCCGAUGCUUAAACUGUUCAAUUUGUGGUAUUAUACAUACUACUGUACUAUAGCAAUAGUAGGUUUGUGUUGUAAUCGCAUGGCAAUCUGAAGGUUAUUUGCUAGUAAGUGAUAGUAAUUCAUCCAGUGGUAUCCAAUUUAUAGCAUGUGACGACUAAAGGCAUAACAUCGUAAAAUGAGGCCAGUGAUUUUGUUAUAGUGUGGUUAACAUGUAAUUUUCACUGUUCAUUCGAAGCCAGUUCAGCAACGUACUUACUUCUAUUAGUUAACCUGACACUGCCUGACCUAACUCAACACGGCAUUGAAAGUAUUAAUCCAAAGCACGGGCCUGUCACAAGCAAAAAUUGGCACCUGGAUGUGAUUAGGAAUAGAUAAUAGGGGAAGGAGUGUGACUUCAAUAAACAAGGGAAAUUCGUCAUUUACUAGCCUUAGA